AUGAUGUCGCUUUACGCUCUCUUUUACUUCUUCAUCUUCAUCUCAUUCUCUACCUCUGCAGCAGCUCCACAACCUCACGUCGUGUUCAUUAUGGCAGAUGACUAUGGCUGGUAUGACGUUGGAUACCACGGAUCUGAGAUUAAAACCCCACAUUUAGACAGUCUGUCGGCGAGCGGGGUCCGUCUGGAAAACUAUUAUGUCCAGCCUAUUUGCACGCCCUCCAGGAACCAGCUCAUGACCGGGAGAUACCAGAUCCACACAGGAAUGCAGCACAGUAUCAUCUGGCCGUGUCAACCAUAUUGUGUCCCUCUCAAUGAGACAUUUCUGCCGCACCUGAUGAAGAAAUCUGGCUAUUCCACACACAUGGUUGGGAAAUGGCACCUGGGCAUGUACAUGAAAGACUGUCUUCCAACACGACGGGGUUUUGACUCAUUCUUCGGGUAUCUCACCGGCAGUGAAGAUUACUUCACCCAUACCCAUUGUGCUAUGGUAUCCACCAAUCUUUCUCGAUGUGCACUGGAUUUCAGAGAAGGAGAGGAGGUCACCAACGCUUAUAAAGGAUCCUAUUCCACAGAGCUGUUCAGUGAAAGAGCCACCAGUAUCAUUCAAACACACAACCCAAAGCAGCCCUUGUUCCUCUAUGUCGCGCUUCAAGCAGUGCACGCACCUCUGCAAGUCCCAAUGCGCUACCUUUCCCCAUACGGUUUCAUCAAAGAUCAUAACCGACGCAUGUACGCUGGGAUGGUGUCUGCGAUGGACGAGGCUGUCGGCAACAUCACCGCGGCCCUUAAACAAAGCGGGCUCUGGGAAAACACUGUGCUGGUUUUCUCAACAGACAACGGUGGUCAGACCAUGACUGGUGGCAGUAACUGGCCCUUACGAGGACGAAAGUUGACGCUAUGGGAAGGUGGCAUCCGCGGAGUGGGGUUUGUGGCUGGUCCUCUGAUAAAGCAACCAGGUUCUGUGAGUCAUGAGCUGAUCCACAUUUCUGACUGGCUGCCCACGCUGGUGGCUCUGGCAGGUGGCAGGACUAACACCACUAAACCUCUGGAUGGGUUUAACGUCUGGAGCACGAUCAGCGAAGGCCACGCCUCUCCCAGACUGGAGCUUCUGCACAACAUUGACCCUUUAUUUGAGGACCACUAUCCAUGCGAAGGAAACGGAGGAAAUUUAACUUUGGCUCAGACGGACAGUGGAAAAUCCUGGACCUACUCUGGCUUCAACAUUUCCUUCCACGCGGCGAUUCGAUGGUCAAACUGGAAACUGCUAACAGGCAAUCCAGGUUGUGGCGCUUGGUUCCCUCGACCUGAACAGAACACGUCCAGUAUCCUCGACAUGCGUCCUCUGAAGCCGGUGAUGCUCUUUGACAUCGACAAAGAUCCACAAGAGAGGAACGAGGUGUCUGCUAAGUUCCCUACGGUGGUUGAGUAUCUCCUUGGCCGACUCGCCGUCUACCAGAAACAAGCGUUACCAAUAAUCUACCCUGAUAAUGACCCCCGGUGUGACCCAGGGCCGGCUGGAGCUUGGGGGCCGUGGGCGUAG